UCAUAGUAUAAAAAAUUAGUUCAUCUGAUGAUACCAUCUGAUACGAUAGGAGUUAGCAAAAACAUGGCUGCAAUAAAAAAUUGUUUGUCGAAAUUUUCAAAUUUUCUUUCUAUUAACAGAAACUGUACAGUGUCUGGUUUUCAGCAAGUACGUAAUAAAUAUUGUGAUCGAUGGAUGAUUCGUGAUGUUAAACGAAGAAAGUUGGCAGAAGAUUAUGCACCACAACGACUACGACUAGUUGCCCUUAAGAGAAACAGUAUUUUGCCACUUGAAAUUGUUAAACUUGCUGGCGAACAAAUAGAUAAAGAAAUUCCUCGUCAAACUGCUCUGAGACAAUUAACAAAUCGUUGUGUACUGACUUCUCGUGGACGUGGUGUUGUUAUGAGAUGGAAAUUAUCUAGAAUCAUGUUCCGUCACUUAGCAGAUUACAAUAAAUUAUCUGGUGUGGAACGUGCUAUAUGGUAGAACUCAUGUACAUUGUAAAAAAUUUUAAAUAUUGAAUAAAUUGAAAUAGUAAACCAA